GGGGCCGGGGUGAUGCUGCUACUCCUGUCCAUCUGCCUGAGUAUCCGUGACAAGAGGAAGCAGCGGCACGCUGAGGAGCUGGCGCACAUCCAGCACCCGGGGGUCGCGCCUCACGCCCACGAGGAAGACAGGGGAAGCAGAGAGUAUGAGGGCCUAUCUAAAGAGCGCAGAAGGCUUUUUUGUCCUGAAUAAAAGCACUACGAUUGGAAAGCAUGAAGAUUCAGACCUUGUUUUAGAGUCUGCAGACAUCGACAACCAUCACGCGCUCAUUGAAUAUAAUGAGGCCGAGAGCAGCUUUGUUCUCCAGGACUUCAAUUCCCGCAACGGCACAUUCGUCAACGGGUGCCACAUUCAGAACGUGGCUGUGAAGCUCUUACCCGGAGACAUCCUGAGGUUUGGGUCCGGAGGGCUGACCUAUGAACUGGUCAUCGAAAACCCAGCCUCGGUCUCCUUCCCAUGGGUGAGGGGCCCAGCACCUUGGCCAACGCCACAGCCACCUCGGGCCACCCAGCAACCGAACCAGGCACCCUCACCACCACAGGCCCCCUUCCACCCGGGCAUCUGGCCAGCGCCAGUGCAGAGGAGCUGGUCCCCGGGAUUCCCCGGGCCCCCCAUGGUCCCACCUGCCUCCCACAGGCGGCCCGUGAGUGCCAGCAGGAAGAUGCUCUCCUUCGUGGUGGACAGAGCCGCCCACAGGGUUCCCAGCAUCAAGCAAGUGUGGACCAACGCCAUGGAACUGUCGGAACAAUCAGUGGCCGAGGAAAUUCCUGGGGCAGGGUUCUCCAGAGAAAUUUUUGUGGACCAGGACCUGACCCAGCACGAUAAGGAUGAAAUAAUUCUGCUGCUGGGAAGAGAAGUCAGCCGUCUCUCGGGUUUUGAACUUGAAUCCAAAUACAAAGACACCGUGAUAGCAAGCCUGCACAACGAAGUGGCCAACCUGAGCCAGAAGCUGUUGGAAACAGCCGCCUCCAGGCAGAAGGAGAGGGUGAUCCCGCCCAAGGUUCAGGUUCCGCAUGAAGAGGACGAUGCCCAACAGACAGAGAUCCAGAGCUUGAAAGACCAGAUCAGUGCCCUGCAGCAAGGCUACAGCCAGGUGCUGUGCCAGACCCUGUCUGAGAGAAACUUAGAAAUCACGUCCCUGAAGAACGAGGCCGAGAACUUAAGGAGGGAGACCGCCAUCACGUCAGAGAUGGUUUCAUCUUUGCAAAGAGAUGUGUUAGUAAAGGAUGAUCAAGUUCAACAACUAAAACAGGAGGUGAAUCAACUAAAGAGUGAGAACAAAGAAAAGGAUCACCAGCUCCAAGCCCUCAGCUCCAGAUGCUCAGUGCUGAAAGAAGAGUUACAGAAGGAAGAUGCCCAGAAUGAGCACUGGGAAGCCCAGGAGAAAGAGUUAAAACUCUGCAAAACCCAAAUCCAUGACAUGGAGAAAGAAAUGAAGAAGCUCAGGGAGGAGCUGAAAAGGAGCUGUACCGAGCAGAGCCUGAUCUCUAAGACGCUACGGGAAAAGAGUAAGGUUGAAGAGAAGCUUCAGGAGGAUUCCAGAAGGAAAUUGCUUCAGCUGCAAGAAAUGGGGAGCAGAGAAAACCUCAUUAAAGCCAAUUUGGAAAGGGCAGUAGGUCAGCUGGAGCUUUUCAGAAGUCAGGUCAUCAAGGCCACGUACGGACACGUGAAACCGUUCCAGGACAAACCCGUCUCCGAUCAGCAGUUAAUAGAGAAGAUCACCAGGGUCACAGAGGACAAUAUCAACUUUCGGCAGAAAAAGUGGACCCUGCAGAAGGAGACCCAGCUCAGCAGCUGCAAACAGGAGGAAAUGACAGAGAACAUCGUGAAGCUGAAGACAUCCUUAGACAGUUGCCAGGCGUGCAUGAAAAUGUCUUGCUGUAGCAGUGACCUGAAGAAGGAGGUCGACCUCCUGCAGCACCUGCAGGUGAGCCCACCUGUCUCAGGGCUCCAGAAGGUGGCGCUGGACAUCUUGCGCCUGUCACUGUCCUGGCUGGAGGAAACGGAGCAUCUCCUCCACGAGGUGGGGAUCCAGUUCUCCAGCUCCGACAAAGGAUUGUCUUUGUAUCUGAAAUACCUUCUGGAACAUUAUAAAAAAAUUACAAGCUGGACCCAGGAACUUCAGAUCAAGGUCAACAGUUCUCAGGAGACUCAGCAGUAUUUGCUGCAAGAAAAGUUACGGCAGCAUCUGGAAGAGAAGGAGAAGCUGACCGAGGAAAGGCUACAGCAAGAGGAGAAGCUGAAAGCCAGAGUCAAGCAGCUAACGGAAGAGAAAUCGGCUUUGGAGGAAACCAUUUCUCAGGAGAAAAGCAGAGCAAAGGAAGCAUUAGAAGAAGAACAGAGCAAAGUCCAAGAGCUGGAGAAUCGCUUAACCCGCCAGAAGGAGAUUUCAGAGAGCAGCAUCGCCUACGAGAAACACAAAGCGAAGGAGGCCAUAGAGAAGGAAAAGAAAAAGGUGCAAGAUCUGGAGAACCGCAUAACCAGGCAGAAGGAGGAGAUAGAUUUAAAAAUGCAAAAAGAAGACAUUUUAAAUGAUAAAUUAAAUGAUGCAUUGGCCAUGGUAGAAAAGACUCAGAAAACAAAGACGGCUGAAAGUCUAAAAGCAGAGAGCCUCACCAUGAAAUUAAGUGAAACAUUAGCUGAACUGGAAACUGCUAAGACGAAAAUGAUCAUGAUGGAGGAGCGGAUGCAGCUGCAACAGCUCACAGUAAGGGCCCUCCAAGAAGAACAGGAAUCCCAGAAGCACGGAUUUGAAAAACAGAUCAUGGAAUACAAGGACCAAAUCAAACAGCACACCCAGACGAUUGUGAGUCUUGAAGAAAGACUCCAGAAAGUGACCGAACACCGUAAAAAAAUAGGAGAGAUUGCAACGUUGAAGGACAAUGACCCAGCCCAGGAGGGGGAAACACAGCAAGACACUGUGGCAGCACCUCCGGUGGAGAGCACCACCAAAGACGCAGUGUGUGGACACCUGAUAGAGGACUUAUUGACUGCUCAGAAGGAAAUCCUGUCUCAGCAGGAGAUCAUCAUGAGGUUAAGGAAGAACCUCACUGAAGCCCAUUGCCGAAUGUCAGAUUUGAGAGGGGAGCUUAACGAGAAGCAGAAGAUGGAGCUGGAGCGGAAUGUGGCGCUGGUCCAGCAACAAAGCAGCGAGCUGAGUGUGCUCAAGGAAAAGAUGGCACAGAUGAGCAGCCUGCUGGAGAAGAAGGACAAGGAGCUAGAGGCCCUCAAGCAGACACUCAGGGCCUCCCAAGAGAAACACAGGCUCCGGCUGCACAAGGAGAGGGAACAGAAGCCCAGGAACGCAACCCAGAUGUGUGACAUCUCGGUGCAGAGAGAACCAAUCCACACCGAUAUUUUCUUGAGCAGCCAGGAGGAGCAGUCCUUCAGUGAUGUAGGGGCCAAGUGCAAAGGGUCCCGACAUGAGGAAGUCAUUCAGCGUCAGAAAAAGGCCUUAUCCGAGCUUCGUGCACGAAUUAAAGAACUUGAGAAGGCCAGCUCGUCAAAUCAUAAGGACCACAUGGAUGGAUCAUUUCUAGACUUAAAGACCCUCGGGAUGGAAAAAAAUGUUCAGAAAAUAUUGGAUGUAAAACCUGACUUGCCAACUUUUUCAAGAGUAGAGAUCCGAGCGCCUCAAAAUGGCCUUUCCAGCCCAGGGUCCAUCAUGGCCACUGAGAAGUUAGGGAAAACGGAUGUGGCUGCGGCUUUAGACCUUAGUGAAAAGCUGUACAUGGAUAUGAGCAAAACCCUCGGGAGUCUGAUGAAUAUCAAAGAUAUGUCAGGUCACGUGUCCAUGAAACACCUCUCCCCAAAAGAGAGGGAGAAGGUCAACCAGCUUCGACAAAGAGACCUCGACCUGGUGUUUGAUAAGAUCACCCUACUCAAGAACCAGCUGGAGAGAAAAGAAGAGCUUUUGAGGCGAUACGAGAAAGACAUUGAACAGCUCAGGCAGAGCAAAGUGUCGGUUCAGAUGUACCAGUCACAGGUGGCAAAGCUGGAAGACGACAUCUACAAAGAGGCCGAAGAAAAGGCGCUGCUGAAGGAGGCCCUGGAGCGCGUGGAACAGCGCCUGCACCGAGAGAAGAGGGUCAACAGGGCGAUCAGGCAGCAGAAGGUUGGAGCCAGAAAAGACACCCCAAAGAUGGACCAAGAAAGGGAGAUGCUGAAGAGAGAAGCGUCCAGCAAAUCCAGCCAGAGCCUUCUGUUUUCUAAACCUGGUGGAAGGAACUAGAAACGUCGUCCCGCUGGGCCUCGCGUGAUCCUCCGUGAGUCAGUGUAACUCUUCCUCAUCAAACUACUAAGAUGCUUUUUUAGGACUUUAAAGGUUGCUACCCUAGUGUGUUGCUUCCUAGACUGGUAUUUUGCACAAUACUGUAUUUUGGAGUGUGUGAGGAGAGGGGUUCUUUUCACAGAUAUUAUGAAUGUAAACAUACUCAGGCAUAUGAAGAAUAAGUUUGAAAUUCAGACUCCUAGGCCCGGUAGAUACAAUUAUGUGUUUGGGUAGUGACAAACCCAAAUGUCACACCCCCAAGGAGCUCCAAGAAAUCCGCAGUUGAGAAAACCCAGGGCAUGUACUGGGGCCACAGGACAGAAUGGUAACCUCAGGGCUGUUGGGGCCAUGGUACAGUGCAUUUAUAUCUGAAUUUAUUAUAAUAAAUUUGAACACCAACCUGUUUUA